GACAACAAAUUUAAAAACCAUGUAGGUUUUUUAUUUUCUUUUUAGAUUUAAAAUGGUAGUAAAAUUUGAUACUAGUGUUAUAAAUAGUAACGAAGUAAAUAUAAUUAAGUAGAAAACAUGAAGAAAUACCAUCGACUAUUAUUAAUAAUUGUUUCGGUAAUAAGUUUAAUCUUAUUUUUAAUUUAUCGCCAUGAAUACAAUCGCUUACAUUAUGUAUUAGAAGUUUUCAACUUUUUUGGCCAGCCUUGCAACUUCUCAGACUUACAGACAAGUGACUAUACAUUAAAACAAUAUGAUUGGGGACCGCAGCCAAUGUGGCAAGAACUAGAUAAUGGUUAUGUUUAUUCUGCAUUUUUAACUGGAAAGAUCGAAGUUAAAGCUAUUGCCCUUCCACUGGAUGUAAAAAAGGUGCCCAGAAAUUGCUACUUUUGGUUUGAAGAUAAGAAGAAACCACUUACCGGAAAAUUUACUUUUUCAAAAAUGUUAAAUACCAAUUUAAGCUCUCUAACACCUUACUUUUUCUAUUGCACAGCUCCUACUAUAGAUAAUACACCAUAUGCAGUUUCAUUUACAUAUAAGGCAAAAAGGGAAAGUGAGAUGAAAAAAAUAUUGUUGGUAGAUGUUCAAAUAACAAACCAUAAGAUUCCAAAUAUCAACACCACAAUUUGUGUUUCCCCAACAACAUUUAGUAAGAAAAAAAUUGUAGAGUUUUUUAGUUUUCACAGACUUGUAGGUGUUGAAUCAUUCAUAUUUUAUACCAAAGAUAUUCCUUAUCGACUUUCAAAAUUGUUAAUGAAUUUAUCUAAAAGACUUGAUGCACAUGUAGCUUUUUUACCUUGGAAUUUUCCAAAAAAUGAUAUUGAUGUAGCUCAAUCUAUAAUUGAAUAUGAUUGCCUGUUCCGUACCUAUGGUCGAUCUAGAUUUAUUAUUACAUUGAAUUUAAAUGAAUACCUUGUUCCUACAACAUCUUAUACUAUUAAUGAACUUCUAAAUGAUUUAGAAAAUCAGGUUCAUAGGUUAAGUUUACCCGUCCAAAAGUUUUGUAUUAAUAAUGUAAGUAAUAACAAACCUCUGGCUUUGCAAAAUUAUGAUGUUGUAAGGGAUAUCAAUCAUAGUGAUAUACGCUUUAUAUAUAAAAAUGUUGAGGAUAAUAAUUUCAAUACAAAUACAGUUGAUAAAACAAGAGCAUCAGUUCAUAAGUAUGUGAAAUGUGGCAUUUAUAGUCAAACUACAACAGACUAUAGCAUGCAAAAGUUUUCAAUCGAUUUUACUAGAUCUACUUUGGUACAGCUUCUUCUACAUAACCAAUUGUAAGCAUUUUUAUUGUCAAUCAUAUCUUUACAUAUAAUUAGGAAUUAAUAAAAUCAGUUAGUUAAUUGGA